UACAUACGUGCCCAGAUGUGUUUGCGGUCUCAAGAUAUUUUGGAGUAUCAUUGACCAAGAGCGGGACUGAAGUUAAGAAAAGUAUGAAAACAGCGAAAUUACCGCAGUGCGUUGGAAAAGUUCGUGAUGUUUAAAGUCAGUGAUGGAAUUGUGUUUCACACUGAAUGUGAACACUAGAUCUGAGCUGCCAGGGGGAUCUGCAGCUACGCCAAGCCCAGCAAGGCUUCACUUAGCUGGGUAACAUCUGCUGAGGCCUCCCCUGCCUCCUGGACUUCACCAUGGCAAUGCUGAUCCCCCAGAAUCCAUCUCAGGUGCAUGCGGCCGCUGUGAAUGGAGACAAAAACACCUUACAGAGACUGAUCACAGCAGAGUCUCGUCUGCGGGACAGUGAGGAUCAGUUUGGCCGGACUCCUCUGAUGUAUUGUGUGCUGGCCGACCGCUUGGACUGUGCAGAGGUGCUGCUUAAGGCCGGCACAGCCGUCAACAAGACUGACCACAGUCAGAGGACUGCACUGCACCUCGCAGCACAGAAGGGCAAUGUGCGCUUUAUGAAACUCUUACUGUCACGCCACGCCGAUUGGCGGUUAAAGGAUCUGGAAGAAAUGACCCCAUUACACCUGGCAACCCGACACUCGAGCUCCAAACCUCUGUCUCUGCUCCUCAAGCACAUGGCACCUGGUGAAGUGGACACACAGGACAGGAAUAAGCAGACAGCGCUGCACUGGAGCGCCUUCUACAAUCACCCCGAGCAUGUUAAGCUGCUGAUCAAGCACGAUUCAAACAUCGGGAUCCCAGACAGCGAGGGCAAGAUCCCUUUACACUGGGCGGCACAUAACAAACACCCCAAUGCUACACGUACAGUACACUGUAUCCUGGAAGCUGCUCCCACCGAAUCCCUGCUGAACUGGCAGGACUAUGAGGGACGCACCCCUCUGCACUUUGCAGUGGCUGAUGGGAAUGAGGCAGUGGUUGAAGUGCUGACAUCAUACGAGGGCUGCAGUGUGACAGCCUAUGACAACCUGUUCAGGACGCCACUGCACUGGGCGGCACUGCUGGGUCAUGCAAAGAUUGUACACCUUCUGUUGGAGAGGAACAAGUCUGGGAUGAUCCCAUCAGACAGUCAGGGAGCAACACCUCUGCACUAUGGAGCUCAGAGCAACUAUGCUGACACAGUUGCAGUGUUCCUGAAACACCCCUCUGUGCGAGAUGAGCCCGAUCUGGAGGGACGAACAGCAUUCAUGUGGGCUGCGGGGAAGGGCAGCAACGAUGUCAUCAAAAUUAUGCUGGAUUUGAAAAAGGACUUGGACAUAAACAUGACGGACAAAUAUGGAGGGACAGCGCUUCAUGCGGCUGCACUCUCAGGGCAUGUGUCCACUGCUCAGUUGUUGCUAGAGCAGGGAGCUAUGAUGGACCCGCUGGACGUAAUGAAACACACGCCUCUGUUCCGGGCUUGUGAGAUGGGCCAUCGAGAUGUCAUUCUAACGCUCAUCAAAGGAGGAGCACGUGUUGAUCUGGUAGACAUAGACGGUCACUCUGCUCUGCACUGGGCGGCUCUGGGCGGUAAUGCGGAGGUGUGCGAGGUGCUAAUGGAGAACGGGAUCAGUCCUAACCUGCAGGACCACGCAGGACGGACUCCCCUCCAGUGUGCGGCAUAUGCUGGCUACAUCAACUGCAUGGCCUUGCUCAUUCAGCAUGAUGCAGACCCCAAUAUCCAGGACAAGGAGGGGAGAACUGCACUCCACUGGUCCUGUAAUAACGGUUAUCUGGAUGCUGUGAAGCUGCUUCUGGGAUGUGGGGCCUUUCCCAACCAUAUGGAGCACACUGAGGAGAGGUACACUCCUCUAGACUAUGCCCUGCUGGGAGAGCAUCAGGAACUGACCCAGUUUCUACUGGAGCAUGGAGCUCUGUCCAUCGCCGCCAUCCAGGACAUUGCUGCCUCGUCCAUCCAGGCUCUUUACAAGGGCUACAAGGUCAGACGGACCUUCAGAGAACGCAAGAAGCUCCUCAUGAGACACGAACAACUGCGCAAGGAUGCUGCAAAGAAGAGGGAAGAGGAGCGCAGACGUGAGGCGGAGCAGCAGCUCUCGUUGGCUGAGGCAGAUCAGAAGCAGCUCGUCUCAUUGGCUGCAGCCAGAGUGGAAAAACUCUCACUGGAUGAAACGGAGCAGAGCAUUAAAGAUCCAGUGGUGGCGAAAGGACACAAACACAAAAAGUCCCCCAGCACUCAUAACAUCCAAUCACAGAGCAGGAGAGAGAAAAAACAUAGAACUGAGCGCAGAACGAGAGAAGCUGAAACACCAGAGGCUUCUCUCCCCCCAGCAGCCUCGGGUCUCACAGUGACCACCCUGAGGACCAGGAAGUGUUCAGGCACCAUAAACGAGGUGUGUGUGAUGGAAACUUGCGGCCCAGACACAUCCAUAUCUGUGGAAUGUGGGUCCACAUAUGAGCGCCGAUCCCCCGCUGGAUCCAGUCGACCGGGCAGUGCCAAACCGGUCAACGCAGGGGCCCAUGUAACGCCAGGACACAUGGAAACCACCACAACACCCAAACCAGCAAUACAUAACAGACCAAGUACUACAGGAACCCACUCAAAACAAGCGGCCCAUUCUACACCACAAUCCACAGAGACACAGACACACAGCAUUUGUAGAUCAGUGUCCAAGGGGAACAAGCCAGCAUCACCGCACAAAUCUACAGGAACUCAGCCAUCUAACAUCUCCAACUCCACCUCUGUCUCACGACAAAAAGAGAGACGAACAGAAAGAGAGAUGCAUAGAGAUAAGGAUAACAGAUCAAGGACUGAGGGGGAUAAACAGACUGGCAGAGAGAAACAGAAAUGUACAGGGAUGGAAACGGACAAAGAAAGAUGGAUGGGCAGAACAAGAAAAAAACAAGUUGACAAAGAGAAAGAAAAGAAGAGAGACAGCGUCCAUUGUAAAAACCAGGCGGCUAUUGUGAUACAGAGAGCAUGGAGGAGGUCUUGUAUUCGGGGUCGUCUUCGUAAGGUACUGUGCAAGACUGGGAAAGGGGCAGAGUCUGCUGAAGUCACAGCCCUGUUGAUUCAGCUGUUAUGGGAGUGGCCUAUCUCUCAUGACCACACCCACCAUAAAACUUCUGAGGUUCAAGCUCCGCCCACCAGGAAUGUAGGGAAAAAGAGUUCUGUGCUGCAAAAUAUAUAUGGUGGCGCCCCUUCCAAAAGAGGGCAGUCUUUGCGGGCCGCAGUGCUUAAACCGCAGAGCCAAAGUCAAGUGCUGCUGGAUCUGUCACUUAAAACAAACAAACAGUUGAGCGCCAUCGAGUGUGUGAGCCUGGUGGAUUCUUUAAGUCAGGCGAAGCAAUACUCUUACCAUCUACGGCCGUCCAGUGCUGGCAGUCAAAGCGGUCAGAGCAAAACUAAGAACUGAGACACAAACAUGCUUGGAUUUCUAGGAAUUAAAUCUUUGGGGAUGAUGCACUUAAACUCAUUUGAUGUUUAUUUAAACUAUUGAAUAAGGUGCAGUAAAUUCACUUGGUCUGUAUCAUUAAGUUUACAUAUUAAAUCUGCAGUAUCACCUUGAUUAUUGCAGAGGUUAGAGGUUAAAACCACAAACACAACAAAUAUAUUAGAUAACCUUUCAUUCUGUCAACAACAGGUCAUAUACCUGUCAUAAGGGACUUACAUAAGACCACCUGCAUGGAGACCACGGUGUUAAUAUGCUACAGUCAAGACGUCACAAGGCCGUUUUCAGUCCAUUUCUGAUAUUGUCACGGAUCUUGACAUUGUAUUCUUAUACUCAAUCGCCACACCCCUGUUUAUUGAGUGGGUUGGAUUAUUAUAAUCUUUUAUCUAUCACUAUAAAUCAGUGUACACUUUUUAUUAUUAAAGUAUUAUUUUGUAAAAGUGACGAUACCUCUGUUUGUGUGUUAAAAUGGAAAGAAUUUGCUGCCAAUCUUGCCAGAGUUGCAGGUCACGCUACUGCACAGACUUUGUCUUGUUUUCUGAAAGAGUAAUCAUUUUUUAAACAUAAACUAACAUUCAAAAGAUUGGGAUCGGUAAGCUAUCAUUUGUUUUUGAAACUCAUUCUCACAAAGGCUGCAUUUUAACAAAAAUACAGUAAAAACAGUAAUGUUGUGAAAAAGUAUUACAAUUUAACUUUAUAUUUGAAUGCAUUUGAAAAUGUUCCUGUAAUUGCAAAGCUAAAUUGUCAUUCAGUGUUACAUGAUCUUCAGAAAUCAUUCUAAUAUGCAGAUCUGGUGCUCAAGAAAUAUUUCUUACUAUUUUCAUUGGAAACUGUAAUACAUAUUUUUGGGAUUCUUUGAUAAAUAGAAAGUUCAAAUUUUUAUAAUUACAAAUGUCUUUACUGUCACUCUUGAUCAAUUUGCUGCAUCCUUGCUGAAUAAAAGUAUUAAUUUCAUUAAAAGAAUCUUACUGAUCCCAAACUGUAGAUUUUUUCAGAAACUUUAAAACAGCAGAUGUCUGUUCCAGCUGCUUUUGAGUAAAUGCCACAUUAUUUCACACCACCUACAUUUCUGUUGAUUACCAGACAAAAUGAUGGUUAUUACAAAAAUCCCUCUCCAGAUCUGUAUUAAUAAAAUGUUUAAAAAAAAAAAUAAAAAAAAAUGGGAACAAUGAAA